AUGCCAUCCAUUGAUUGUAGAUCUCAACCAAAAUUAAGUAAUGUUGAGCAUUGUCCUGACAAAUGCCCAAAUGGUUGUACAAAUGGAUAUUGUGAUUGUGCGACAGGAGAAUGUUUGUGCAAUCCUGGAUUUUCUGGUUCAAAUUGUAAUAUUGACACGUGUGCUGCUGCUAGAUGCAUCAACGGUAAUUGUGCUGCUCAAUAUCUUGGAGGAGAUUUGCCUGUUACAAAUAAACCAUGUGUUUGUAUCGAUGGUUGGUAUGGUGAUAGAUGUGAUACAACAACGCCGCCACUUCCAGUUCCAGAUCCAGUGCCCAUGUGCUUUAACGGAUGUUAUUUUUACGCGGAUAGUGAUAUUACCGGUGGACAGUUUGGAGUUAUUCAAACAUCAGAUCCAAAAGCUUGCUGUGCUGCCUGCAAUGCGAAUGCAGCCUGUAAUUCAUGGGUUUUUUGGUCGUAUAAUUGCUUUUUAAAAACAGGAACACAAAGAAUUCAUAAACCUGGAGCCAUAUCAGGAAUUAAAUGUUCAACAGGUGAAACAAGUUCUAUCACAAAUGCACCUGUUACGGCAGCCCCUAUAACAGCUCACUGUGAUGGUAAAUGCCAAGGUCAAUAUCCAUAUGGUUGUAAUUCCGGUUUUCAAUAUGGAUAUUGCAACGCAGGAGGUGGAUGUACUUAUUCUAUUACUACUGAUCCAAAUUGGUGUUGCUUCAAAGGUUGUAAUCAAGAAUCAUCUGUCACAAACCCACCAGUUUUGACAAAUACACCAACAGAUUCACCUAUAACAGUUACGGUAGCACCUGUAUCAGAUUUUUGUGAUGGAAAAUGUUUUGGAAAAUUUCCUUAUGGUUGUAAUUCUGGUUUUCCUAUAGGAUACUGUUCUCCCUGGGGUGGAUGCAGUUAUUCUACAAUGAAUGAUCCUAGUUGGUGUUGUUUCAAAGGCUGUUGA